AUGGUCGCUUCCACGAUUCCUCCGUCGUCAGAUGUCGCCAAGCCCGAACGGGAGCUGAAUGGCUCCAAAACGGAUAGUAGCAUCGCCGUGACAAAUGAAGAUGACCAGGAGUUGUUGAGACUUGGCUACCGUGCAGUCCUGGCUCGAGGAUGGGGCACGUUUGACAACUUUGCGUGCUCCUUCUCGGCCUUGUAUUGUAUUGGAGGUAUCCGAGUGCUCUUUUACAUUGCUCUCAGUAACGGAGGUCCCGCUGCGCUGUGGAGCUCAUGGAUCUCCGGCAGUAUACUCUCGAUAAUCACCGCCGCAUGCCUUGCGGAAGCGUGCUCUGCCUAUCCAGCCGCUGGGUCGAUCUACUACUGGGCCUAUAGAUCGUGGGGCGGUGGUCGCUUGGGCCGAUUCAUCUCUUACCUGAUCGCCGCCUGGACACUCGUUGCCUGGACGGCAUUCCUGGCGAGUGACUCCUUCGGGGUGGCCAACUACCUGCUAUCGGAAAUCGUGGUCUUCAAUCCAGCCACGACUUUUCCGAUCAGCACGUCCGAUGUCAAUGCUCGGGCGAUCGCGUGGGCCCUCUCCCUCGGGUUCUUGGCUCUGGCGACAGCGUUGAAUUUCUUGCCGCCUCGUAUGUACGCGUGGGUAUUCCGGACUGGCUUUGCUGUCAUCGUUUUGGACAUGUUACUCAACUUCAUCUGGCUGCCGAUUGGGGUAGCCCGAACAUAUGGCUUCCAGUCCGCGGAGUACGUCUUUACUUCUACAUAUAAUGGCGAGGGUACCGCUCCAGGCCUUAACUGGGUGCUCUCAUGGUUCCUCGUCUCGAGCUGUCUUGUGGGCGAGGACGCGUCGGGCCAUGUGGCCGAGGAAACCAUCUCUGCAAAGAAGGCGGCUGCCAAAGGUGUGUUUUGGUCGACCGUCGCUUCCGCACUGUGUGGAUUCCCCAUUAUCAUCCUGUUUUUGUUCUGCAUGCCGCCCAUUGAAACGUUUUACAACACCACCGCGCCUCAGCCGUUCAUCAACAUGUAUGCCCUUGCGCUGGGCCCUCGUGCGCACGUGGUCAUGACUGUCAUUUCUAUGAUCGGCGCGAUUCUGAACACCUCCAUCUCCCUGGUUGCUGUCUCCCGCCUGGUCUUUGCUGUUGCUCGAGACGGUGUCUUCCCCUACAGCGACGUGCUCUCUCGAGUCUCGAAGAAAAAGCAGCCUCUCAAUGCGGUCAUUUUCAUUGCAGUCAUUGCAGCGCUUUUGCUCUGCACGCAGCUUCCUUCACAAGUGGCCUUUGCAAGCCUGAUCUCAACCUCGGCUGCCGGCUCCAUCGCGGCUUACGGCCUCGUGGGGAUUGGACGGGCUUUUAUCACGCGCGAUUCAUUCCGUCCGGGCUUCUGGGACAUGGGUUGGUUUGGUGUCGUGGCGGCCGUUGUCACCUUUCUCUGGAACACUUUUGCCUUUGCAGUGCUAUGCGCACCUCAAUACUCCAACGAUGCAAUUGACCGGGAUUCUGGACUGUUCAAUUACGCCAUCGUCAUCAUGGGUGGAGUGACCAUCAUUGCAUUGUUUGAAUGGUGGAGAAAGUCCCAGAAUGACUGGUUCCAGCACCUCGAGACGCCGGGGUCUCCGUCUGAAAUCGAGACCCAGACCCUGAGUGACCAGAAUGCGGCCGUUACUUCCCUGGAGAAGCACAAUGCUGUGUGA